AUGAAGCUCUUCCUGUUGCUUUCACUCAUUGGGUUCUGCUGGGCUCAGAAUGACCCACACACUCAGUAUGGACGGACUUCAAUUGUCCAACUGUUUGAGUGGCGCUGGGUUGAUAUUGCCAAGGAAUGUGAGCGAUACUUAGCUCCUAAGGGAUUUGGAGGGGUACAGGUCUCUCCACCAAGUGAAAAUAUUGUGAUUUAUAGACCACCCAGGCCUUGGUGGGAAAGAUACCAACCAGUUAGCUACAAAAUUUGCACAAGGUCUGGAAAUGAAGAUGAAUUUAGAGACAUGGUGAAGAGGUGCAACAAUGUUGGUGUCCGUAUUUAUGUGGAUGCAGUUAUUAAUCACAUGUGUAGUGCAGGCAGUGGUGCAGGGACAAACAGUACCUGUGGAAGUUACUACAAUGCCCAUAACAGAGAAUUCCCAGCAGUUCCAUACUCUGCUUGGGAUUUUAAUGAUGGUAAAUGUGACCGAGAUGUUGAUGACUACAAAAAUGCUAAUGAGGUCAGAAAUUAUCUUCUGUCUGGCUUUCUGUACCUUGCACUUGAUAAAGAUUAUGUUCGUGGCAAGGUGGCUGACUACAUGAACCAUCUCAUUGACAUUGGUGUGGCAGGGUUCAGACUUGGUACUACUAAGUACAUGUGGCCUGCAGAAAUAAAGGCAAUUUUGGACAAACUGCAUAAUCUAAAUACACAAUGGUUCUCUGCAGGAAGCAGACCUUUCAUUUUUCAAGAGGUCAACGAUCUGGGUAAGGAGUCAAUGUAUUUUUUAAGUGGACCAUACAAAUAUGGAGCAGACCUGAGCACAGUUAUCCGCAAGUGGGAUGGACAGAAGAUGGCAUUUUUAAAGAACUGGGGAGAAGGUUGGGGUUUUGGGCCUACUAACAAAGCUCUUGUGUUUGUGGACAACCAUGAGACUCAACGAGGACUAGGUGGUGGAGGAGCAUCCGUUCUGACCUUCUGGGAUGCUAGAAUGUAUAAAAUGGCAGUUGGCUUUAUGUUGGCUCAUCCUUAUGGGUUCACACGAGUAAUGUCAAGUUACCGUUGGACAAGAAAUUUCCAGAAUGGAAAAGAUGUGAAUGACUGGAUUGGACCACCUAAUAACAAUGGCGUAAUCAAAGAAGUGAUCAUUAAAUCAGACACAAGUUGUGGCAAUGACUGGGUCUGUGAACAUCGAUGGCGUCAAAUAAGGAACAUGGUUGCCUUCAGAAACGUAGUCAAUGGUCAGCCUUUCUCAAACUGGUGGGAUAAUGGCAGCAUCCAAGUAGCUUUUGGCAGAGGAAACAAAGGAUUCAUUGUCUUUAACAAUGACGACUGGUAA